CGUUCUCGAUCACAUUUCUUGGGAAGUACUAAAGAAGUAGCACAUCCUGCGGAUCACUCUUCGUUUAUACAAUGAGGAUGUUUCUCCUCUUCUGCGUCCUCUGCCUGAUGACUUCUACUGGCUACAGUCAGGAUCCAGGUCCCAAAGGCCCUGAAGGUCCCGCAGGUCCCAGAGGUCCCCCAGGUCCCAGAGGAGGACCUGGGAUUCCUGGGCUACCUGGGCCAUCUGGGCCACCUGGGUCAUCUGGGUCACCUGUAACCCUCAGACGCAAAAAUGUCUCUGAAUUUUCUAUCCAUAAGACAUUUUGUGUUCAAAUAGACAACAAACAUACGAGCCUCAAGGGGCUAUGGAUUUUUAAUCUUGUUUUAUGUUUAUUUCCCUCCCUGCUUUUCAACACAGGAUUUCCUGGACCACGGGGACGUCCUGGAGCACCGGGAAGUCCUGGACCUGCUAUAUCCUGUGGACGAGAUCUCUCUGACUCCAUUAGCCAGGACCUUGGGACCUUAAAGAACAGCCAUGCAAAGUUAGAGUUGGCUAUAAACUAUGACUUUGUCCGAAGAGUUGGUCAGAAAUACUUUGUGUCCUACAAGGAGAGAGACUCUUUCUCCAGGGCCGUCGAGUUCUGCUCCCAACGAAACUUAGAGCUGGCUUUGCCCCAGAACGAGGAGGAGAACAACAUACUGACUCAGUUCUUCGGGGACAAUUACCAAACUGCCUGGAUCAACGUCAACAACAACAAGGCAGAGGGGAAUUUUGAGGCCGAUAUGAAAAAACGACCUCUGACCUUCACCAAAUGGGGAGAAGGGCAGCCAGACAGAUCCAUCCAGGACACAGGCUGCACCAUGCUGUCAGAAAACGGUGUCUGGCAAGUGACACCCGAUUGCUUCCUGAAUGCUUACAUCAUUUGUCAGAUAUAGAAAGGUCUUGUAUCCAUUGCAAGUCUCGCUGUAAUUGAACGUUCUUCAUGUGUCCCAUGUCUUAUAUAUUGGGAGUGAAGGGUUGUAACUGUCUUAAAUAUAAGUGGGUAGAAAAGUCAUCCUUAUGCAUUCACACCUGUUAAUAUCUGUGAAUGAAUCAAUAGUGGUGUUAAACCUAUCCUCAAGGGACUACAUGUAACCUGCUUCAAGGAUCCAGUUAUGAGGAAAAAAAGUUUUUUUGCUUUCAAGUCUAACAGUUUCCCAAAACAAUUAUCCCUGAUGAGGGAUAUCUAAUGUGAUAUAUUGUAUAUCCAUCUCACUAAAAAUGUAUUACAGCUUCAGCAGCAUGCCAUUAAUACUGUUGCACAGAUGUUGCUUUAUGAAAUGAAAGUAAACAAUAAAUGAAAUACUAUACAAGUUUAACAGAAA